AUAAUUCAAACCGAUAAAAAUGUGAGACACAAUAACUGACUAAAUUUAAUUAGUUCAAAGAUAUUUGGCGUAGCGUUUAUUAAGUAUAUUGUGGUUUUUAAAAAUGAAAAUAAUUGCUUCUUGUGUUCUGAUUUUGUUCGCUCAGGAUUUUCCGGCGACAUCUUCACUGGAGCUGCCAAGCCCUUCCGCGGAAUUAUUUCCGUAUCAUGCCAUGGUUAAGGGAAUCUUUAGAUGCAAUGGUAUUUUGAUCAGUGAAGACUAUGUAUUAACUCUGGCUUCAUGUAUCAAUGGGUCAGCACAAGUGACGGUUUACUUUGACUAUCGCAAAAAUCCAAUGUACUCCACCAGCAUCGGUGAUCCAACUAUGAAAGUUUACGUAGCUCAAAAUAUAAAGAUUCACCAAGACUUUUUACGUACCGACAAUAACGGUAAUCGAUAUUUGAAUAAUAUAGCCUUGAUAAAGUUACCUCAACUAAUACAUGAGAGAACAGCUAAGCUUGCGACUAAAGUGGAAAUUGAAAUGGCGCUGGAUGAAAAUGCUGAUGCUAAUCUUACGGGUUGGAAGGCUUCGGCAAAUACAGAUUUAUUAGUAGCAGCAGUGCGACUUAGUAGCCAAGAUACCUGCAGAUUUUUGUUUGGAAAUGAAAUGUUUCUAAACCAGGAAAUCUGUAUCAAAAUGUCACAUGAUAGUUAUCCAAAUUGGAUUGGAAAUUCUUUGAGCGUGAAUGGUAAAGUUAUAGGAUUGCUCACAAUAAAACCGGAGUGUGCUGUGGCUGUUAACAAAUGUAGUCGCACUGCUGUUGUGCUCAGUAUUGCUCCGUUUCUCAGAUGGAUUUCACAACAUACCAACAUUCCUAUUGCAUAUUUCACUAAUAUCAACGCGAAAUAUAAUAAUAAAUACAAUGAAGACAAAAUUGAAAAGUUAUAUAAACUUGUUGAAGAAUUAAGGAAAGCUAUAUCAAAAUUGCAAGAGGGAAAUUAAGACGCUAGGACAAAAGUAAUCUUUUUCAAUAAAAAUUAUAAUUUUGCAAAAGCAUGAAAUUGUUUAUAUAACAUUAUCUCUAGCUGGGUUUUGGAACUUUUGUACUCGUGUAAAUUUAUGUUAAUUGAAAAUAUCGUUCUUUUUAAGUGUGUAUUUUCAUUUUGAUUUUAAAGAAAAACAACUAAAUUGGUGGAGAA